CUAAAAUUAAGCUCAUUAAUCCGUGUAGUUUUAUAAGUUUUACAUAGUAAUAUAUUAUAUUAUUCACACCUAAACUAUUCGUGUAUAGACCAUGGAAGAGUUUGCAGACGCCAAAGAAGAUGAAAACAAGAAAAUUGUCCACACCUAUCCAUUAGUGCAAACUUGUGAUAUGUCAGAAGAAAUGAAAGCUGAAACGGUUGAAGUUAUAAUAACAGCAUGUGAAAAAUAUGGAACAGAUUAUUUCGCGGCCGCCAAGACGGUGAAACAAAUGCUAGAUAAAAAAUACGGUCCUCAGUGGAACAUAGUGGUGGGAGAAGCGUUCGGCAUACAAAUAACGCACCAGACCAAUACAUUGAUGUACAUGUUCUUCGGUGGCAAUCUCGGCAUUUGCGCCUGGAAAAUCUAAACGCAACAAGGGUUUACGAGACAAAAUUAUAAAAAUA